AUGGCUUACGACGAGUUCCUCGCGGCGACCGAUCGCGGGCCUCCGCUCCCCGCCGCGUCGCGUCCCGACGGCUCCUGCUGGAACGCUUCGGCGCGUCCAGCUGAGGCAGCCGCGGCCUUCAGCCCGAGCGAUCUCCGCCCAGGCGAGGCACCCGAAGCCGCCGCACGAACCGAAUCGACGUCAGACGCAGAUGCCUCGCGCAUAAGUGCCCGUGCGAAUGCAGGCGCUACGGCCCUGCCUCCGGGGUGGCGCGGCGGUGAGGCUCAGAGCGAGGCGCAGAGCGGAAGUCGGGAUUCGGAGAUUCCCCGAGAGCUCUCGACCAAACGCCCUGCGCAGGGCGAGCUCAGUGCGACGGGGAACUCGCUCGCGCUUGGCCAAAUGAAGCGCGUCCGCAGUGAGGGCUGCGUCCUCAAGCGCCAGCAGCUGGUUUGCAGCAGCACGCUUCCAAUCAACACCUGCUACCAUGUCGGCGAGGUGAUUGGCGUGGGCACCUGGGGGACUGUGCAGACGGCGGUCGAGCGCUUCUCAGGUCUGGAGCGGGUCGUGAAGCGAGUCUGCAAGGAGACGCACUGCGCGGAGCUGCCCCGAUUUCGCCACGAAAUCGCCCUCUGCCGGCAGCUUGACCACCCAAACAUUGCGCGACUCUACGAGACCUUCGAGGACCACAAAAACAUCUACCUAGUCCUCGAGUACUGCCGCGGCGGCGACUUGCUUUCCUGGCUCCACGCGCGGCAGGACGCCCGCGCCGCGCGCCGCCGCCGCCGAGACACCGAAACGGGCGGCGACUCCGCCCAGGGCGAGGCGCGCACAGAAGAGGAGGAGGCAGAGGCAAAGGUAGAGGCAGAGGCGGGGACCGAGGCCGCCGGCAAGGAGGAAGCGCGACGCGACGGAGAAGCCCCAGGAGUUGAGGACGAGACGCCGAUCUGCUCCGAGGCGCAAGCCGCGAGGUUCAUGGUGCAGCUUUUCUCGGCUCUCUCCUACCUCCACCAAAAGGGCAUCGCCCACAGGGACAUCAAGCUGGAGAACCUCCUGCUUGUCCAUCCCUUCCCAGAGGAGGAGACUGACGACCCGGUCCGCGCGCUCGGCGACGGCGGCAGGCACCGGAACUUCGCGCCGACGCUUCAUAGCGACCGCAGCUUCGAUGCUGGGGCGCUGGACGGCGCGCCGCGCCCGCAGUCCCGCGGCGACGAGGCCCUCCUCUCUGGACUCCCGGCGCGGCGCCACGCUCAGUAUGCGUCCGCGACUCGCGGGCCGAGCGCCAAAAUGCUUGACAACAUCGCCCUCGUCGACUUCGGCUUCGCUCGGAGAUUCACUCCUGGCGGCACCGGCGGCGAACGCCGCAUUCGACGGCGAUUCGCGGCGCGCACCUUUUCGAGCGCGGGGAUCUCGUCGACCGGGGCGAUGACCACGCAAGUCGGGACGAUUUACUACCUUUCGCCGUUCGUUCUCAAAGGCCUUCAGUACGACGAGGUUCAAUCAGAUAUGUGGGCCGCUGGAGUCGUUCUCUUCAUGCUCAUUUCCGGAGUCCCGCCCUUCGACGGAAACACCGAAGCUGAAGUCGCCUCAAAGAUUUUGACAAGCCCUGUGCAGUUUCUCCAGCCUUGCUGGCAGCACGUGUCCGAGGAGUGCAAGGACUUGAUUCGGCGGCUUCUGUACAACCCGUUUCUGUCGAAUGCGUCGCCGUUCUACUCUGCGUCUCUGCCGGCGUCGUACGAAGAUCUGGCGUCGCUCUCAGGGGCAGCGGCGCGACCGCUGUCCGUCGAUUUCCUCUCCGUGACAAGAGCAACUGCAGUCCCAGGGUCGUUCAUGUGCGCGGCGUCGCCCUUUGCGCCGUGGUCGUCGCCGGCGUCUUCCGCCUCGUCGCUUCCUCCGUCGUCUUCGCUACCCUCGUCGCCACUCCCUUCACCGCUGCCUUCUGCGCCGCGUUCGUCCUCUCCGUCCGCCGCUUCUUCUUCGUCACCCGGGCCCCCGAGUGGAUGUCCAUUGAGCAGGGACGGUGCAUCUGGAGAGGCGACGAUGCAGGACUCUUUCGAGGGGAUUGCUGGGCAGCCCGCGGAGGCCGUGUCGUGUUUCCCUGCACCGACCGCGACUCCGGCUGAGGGCAGCCUGCAAACGGGCGCCAGGUGCGCUGAGGGAGGCGACCAGGAGAAGGAGGGGAAGAGGAAAACGUGGGAGCGAGGCGUGCUACGACGCAUGGAUGCCGCAACGACGCUCACCCACCCUUGGUUUGCCACUGUGCAAAGGCAGCUCCUAUCAGAGAUGCCCGGCCCUCGGAUGUCGAUGCCUCGCUCGGUGUCGAGUCCGGCGUUCAACCUGGGUGCACAGGAGGCUCGGCUUCGCUUUGGACAGCCGAGCAGCGACGGCGGCUUCGCGCCCGCGUGGGGGGGGGGGGAGCCGUGCACGGGCGGGAUGGGCUCCACAGUCCGCGCGGCGGACGCCCUGGCGCCCUCCGCCUCGCUGGUGCCGUCGGUCGCCUCGGGCGGGGGCGCCGGCUCGUCUUCGCCGCCUCCGUCGCCGGCUUCGUGGAUCAGCCCGGUCUCCGGCGCGUUUCGGCCCGCGGUCGCCGUCCAGCCGCCUGCAGCGGCGGCUUGGCUAGACGGAGCGCUCCAGAAAUCCUCGAGGCGGGGUGCUUUGGGCAGCCUCGUCGAGGGCGGCGAGAAGCGAGAAACGGAGAUCUUCGUCGGGCGCUCGUCCGCACAGGCUGCGAGUGCUUCGGGCGCGGCCCCCGGCUUGGGCGCCGACGGGGCGCGGCGCCAGGCCGAAGCGGCAAAAGAGUGCGUGCUCGAGCGGGACGACGAGGCGAGAACUGCCCAGAACCGGCCCGCGCUUGAUCGGAUGCGAGAGAGAGGACCGCAAGAGGGAGAACGCGAAGGCGCUCAGGGUCAAUCUGCUGAAACGCCUUGUGCAGGCGUACAAACAACGGUAUUCGUGGCAACAACCGUGACUCCCUCGUCGCCUCCCGGUCCCCCGGCUGCCGCUGUCAGUGAGCAAGCAGGCUGUCCGGCCAGCUCUCUCUCGCCGAAUGCAUGCUGGGACGCCGCAUCUUCAGCGGAGCUGACUGAACGCCAGUAUGGCACGCGACUCUCGUCAGCCAAGUCGCCCUCCCGCGCGUCCUCGGGCGCUGCGACACAGCCGCCAGGGGUCUUCUGUCCGCUGCCUCAGCUGCAUCCGCCGUCUCAAUCGCCGAGCCCGUGCGUUGCUGGCGUGUCUGCCGGCGCCCCCAGCGCGUUCGUCCCGCCGGCGGCCCCGUUGUCGUCUCCGCCAGGCGAGCUGCCGCCGCCGCAGUUGACGCCGUGUCUGAGUCGGGUGCCCGCGUCGCUGUGCCCAGUGAAGCCGGAAGAGGCGGGCGUGUUUCGCUGCCGCUUCCUGCUGCUGCUCAGCGCCACCGCGUGGCGCUGCUUCGCCGCGCUCGGCCCACUUCAGCGCGCCCUCCGCACCGUUCUCGCUCGCGAGAUGGAAGACGAGCUCGAAGUCCGGAUUCUGCGGGAGGUCUUCUGCGCCCUAGACAGGCGCCACAGAGGCACGCUUGCACCGGACGACUUCGUGUGGGGUCUGAACGUGGCGCGCGAGAUGGUCACGACGGAGUGCAGCUGCUGGGUAAUGGUGCAGGCGAAGCAGGAGGCUUUGGUCCCCUCGGGAUGCGUUGGCCUUCACGCGUCGGAUUCAACUGCUUCGCUUGCGUUCAGCAGCGUGUCGGGCAAACGCGAGGCGCUUUCGUGCUGCAGUUCACAGGCGAGUCUCCCGGUCGACGGCGACCCCACAGGGGGCGAGCGCGAGCCCCCGGAGCAGAGGUCGAGGGAGACGAGUGCGACCGAGGCAGCCGACGCCCUCGCGCGGUUCGUCGCGGAUCGUCCAGAGCGCAUCUCGGUUCUCGCCGCGGCGCCGCUCGCCAGUGCGGCCUUGCCGCCCAGUCUCCACUCGCUGCUGAGGCUGGCGAGCGCCGGAGACGCGGACGGCGACGGGCCUGCAGUCGACCAGAUUUUGCCGUACCUGAUGAACCUGCAUGCGCUACUUGGCGUCGCGCCGCCCGACGUCCUCUGCGAGUAUUUUGCCUUGCCCCGCGCCCCCCCGUGGACUCGCGCGGCGCUCUGCACACACGCCCGAGCGACCGAAGGGACUGCGGGCGACGCAGUGCCUCAAAACAGAGACCAAGACGACCUGUGGACGAUCGACGACGUUAUCGCCGGGCUAGACACCGACGGGAGCGGGAGCAUCGAGUUCGUCGAGUUCCUGGCCGCCACGCUCGCCGAUGUGGAUCUUGCAGAGCGAGAAGCCCUCAGCCGGGCGGCAUUUCGGUACUUCGACCGUAGCUUUGACGGCCUGGUGAGCUACCGCGAUCUUCUGGGGCUUCUGACUCUCCAGCCUGCGUCGCUGGCUUCCCCUCAUUCGCCUCCGCCGUCCUCGUGGUGUGUGCCGCCGGCGCGUGCGUCGUACGCGUCCACGCCGCCGGCUGCAAGCGGCGCUUCAUUUGCAUACUCGCCGUAUCCGAUGAGCGCGUCGCCUGCGGGCGAUUGCGCAAGGGGAACAGGCGUUGGAGGGUUCGAGGACGGCGUUUGCGAUCCCGGCGCGGAGCUUGAGCUCGGAGAAGGGGAGGGAUUUCUAAUGGACCUUGAGCGCGUCACAGCAGCGAAUCUGCCGCUCUACAGAGCUGUUUUGAAACAGAUUCAAGCUGUUGACGAGGACAAGGAUGGCUUCAUUAACUACGACGAGUUUCUGCGUCUGCUGGGAUAG